GAGCAGGAGGUAUAGGAGGCAGAAGCUGUCCAGCUCUGCCUCUGCCCUCAGGCUCCUGGGUGAGCUGCAACCAUGUACAUGUAUACCAACUCUGGGUGCCAGGACCUGCCAGGGACCAGAGGGGAGGAGGAGGAGGAGGAAGAUGGUGAUGAUUAUGAGAACAUGGCGCCACCAUACAAGGAUCUUCCUCCCAAGCCAGACUCAAUGGCUCCACCAAGGCCUCCGAGGGCAGGAAAGAAAAUGGAGAACCCCCCACUUCCCUGCAAGUCCCCAAAGAUCAAAGGCCUGGACCUCACCCCUGUCCCCCGCACGUCUCCUCAACUGGGUGUCAACCUGGAGCAUCCUCCGUUCCAGUCAUCCCUAGCUAUAACUCCAGUGACCCACCUCAGUCAGAAGUCCAGGUGUCCUGGGUGCUACCAGGAGGAGAGACUGGUGGUGUACCUGUGCCUGCUGGUGGUGGUGUCACUGCUCCUGGGCUGCACUGGUCUGGCUGUGACCCUGAUUAAGUACCAGGAGAUGGUGGAAGAGCUGAAGAUAUUAACCUUUCAGCAGAUGGCGUGGCAAGCAAAUGUGACUGGCACGGCAGGGAUAGCUGGCCUGAAGAAGGACAUUGACCACAUAAGAACUUACACCAACCAGUCCCUAGUAGAACUUCGGGGCUUAUUAGACUGUACCAAGGUCACCUGCCCGGAGGGUUGGCUACUCUUUGAGGGAAAGUGUUACUACUUCUCCCCAACCACCAAGUCAUGGGAUGAAGCCCGGAAGUUCUGCCAGGAGAAUUACUCUCACUUGGUCAUCAUCAGUAGCUUUGCUGAACAGAACUUUGUGGCCAAGGCUCAUGGCUCUCCACGGGUGUACUGGCUGGGGCUGAAUGACAGGGAACAUGAAGGGGACUGGAAGUGGCUGGAUGGGUCACCUGUCACUCUGAGCUUUUGGGACCCAGAGGAACCCAACAACAUCUAUGAUGAGGACUGUGCCAGCAUGAACAAAGGUGGCACCUGGAAUGACCUCUCUUGUGACAAGACUACAUAUUGGAUCUGUGAGAGGAAAUGUUCCUGUUGAAACUUACAGUUGAGGGUGGGUGUGGGUCCAUACCCAGUGCUCCUUGGCUCUUGGGAUGAGAACCUUCUGCCCUUCCACGGAAGACUCUACCUCUCCAUGAGCUGACAUGGAUAUACCUAAGAUGGAACCAGGAGCUUGGAUGUUGCAAGUCCCCUUGGGUGCAAGUGAGAGCAUUUCUAGGGUGAGGAUUUGAGGGCUUGGUUUUUUUUUUUUUAAGAUUUUAUUUAUUUAUUUGGGAGAGAGAGUGAGCGAGGGAGAGUGCACACAAGCAGGGGCAGAGGCAGAGGGAGAAGCAGACUCCCCUGCUGAGUGGGGAGCCCGAUGCGGGGCUCAAUCCCAGGAUCUGGAGAUCAUGACCUGAGCUGAAAGCAGACGCUUAACCGACUGAGCCACCCAGGAGCCCCGUGGACUUGUUCAGUCGGAUGGUGUCUUUGUCUGUUCAGGCUGUUAUACCAGAAAACUGUAAACUGAGUGGCUUAUAAACAACAGAGGUUUAUUUAUUGAAAUUCUGGAAGCUGGAAAGUCCAAGAUCAAGGCAUAAUGUCUAACAAGGGCCCACUUUCUGAUUCACAGAUGGCCAUCUUCUUGCUGUGUUCUCCCAUGCUGGAAAGAGUGAGAGCUCUCUAGGGUCCCUGUUAUAAGGGCACAAGAGUUCUACCCUCAUGACCUAAUCACCUCCCAAAGGCCCAUCACAUUGUGGGUUAGGAUUUAACAAAUGACUUGGGUGAGGGCCCAUAAUUCAGUCUGUAGCAGGUGAUUCACUGGAGAUGUGGUUCAUUUCUGAGCGGACCUUCUUGGGCUAUUAGCUCUUGCAAUAUUAGAACUCAGGAUGUCAGUUUGCAGUGUGGUCCUUGACCACUGUCUUGGUUUGCUGGGGCUGCCAUAAUAAAGCACCAUAG